AUGUCGGGCAGCGAUACCGGCGAUGGUGGUAUCUAUGAACCUCUCCUCCCGCCACUCCAAGACAUCACCCCCCAGAAUCGAGGUCCAAUUGCACUGGCGACCGCAGUGACCCUGCUUGUCAUUUCUUCGUUGACAGUGGGCGUCAAACUAUGGACAAGAUAUGCCACAACCCGAAACUUCGGGUCAAACGACAUCGUGAUGUUUGCAGCUAUUACAUUGGCAUACGGACAAACUAUAUCUAUCUCCCUCGCGGUAGACAAGGGACUGGGCCGACACCAAACGGCGGUCAAGGAACCAGAUCUCAUCGAGCUCAGUAAAUUGUUUUAUGCCUCCAACAUUCUUCUCGUCCUGGCGUUGGCUUGUGCCAAAGCAGCGGUAACUCUGCUUAUCAUUGCUAUCAAGCCGCUACGAUGGGUUAUGUUUGCUUGCUAUGGGAUGCUCGGCUUCGUCGCAGUCUGGGGGGUGGCCAGCGUCUUCGUGGUGGCCUUUCAAUGUUCACCGAAUCAUUGGUCACUCGGCCCAAGCUCUGGCGCUGAUCCACAAACUUGUAUCGAUCAAUAUGCGAUGCAAAUUGCACUACGAGCCAUGGACAUCGCCAGCGACGUAGGGAUUGUCCUCCUGCCUGCGCUAAUGAUGCGGUCGGUCCAAGUUUCCAACGGCAAGCGAUGGAUGGUGGUCACACUGUUUGCCAUCAGAUUAGCCACACCGGUAUUCACUGCAGUCUCGAUCGUCGCAUAUGAUGAUUUCUACCAUUCAGUUCCCCAGGAUCGCACUUGGCACGCAGUCACACCCUCGGUUUGGACUUCCUGUGCCUUGAACCUGUCCAUCGUCACAGCCUGUAUCCCUUCGAUCAAGCGCUUCCUUGCCGACUGGGCCGCCGGCCUCAGUGCCGUGACCAUAUCUGAACCUUUCGAAUUGGAGCAUUCUGCUGGCAAGACCGGUGCUGGUCUCACGUACGCCGCGGGCAGCGGCAUGGGAAGCAAGAUCGCCACGAAAUUGGGACUGUCAUCCACCAGCAAGGCUGAAAUUACCUCGACGGUACGCAGCCGGAGUGACAAUGAAGACGACGAGACGGUUCGGAACACGAAUAGAAACCGCUCGCGCGGCGCCGGCGGGCGGCAACCGGACAACACCUCAGAAAGCGUCAAAGGCCUCACGGACGGAGUGAUUAUGCACUCGAUCGAUUACCGUGUCGAGUACGAAGACCACACGACGGAUCAUCGCGAUUGGAGCAGUCGCAGCAGCGGCGGCCGCUGA